CCGUGAAAGCAAAAUGGCGACGUCCUCAGCAGUCGUGUGUGCGAACUUUAUUCGUCGCGUUUCUCCCAUUAUUUUCAGGACUUUUUGGCUUAAAGAGAGAACCACUGUUUCGGGAUGGGGACAAACUGGAUUUCAGCACAUACGGUCACCUUCAAAUCACUCGUUUUGCACUGCGGCGUCGCAGCAGGACAAGGGCGGCGAUGCGGUGGAAACCACCGAAACGCUGUCCCGUUACAAGGACAGGCCGUGGGAUUACCUCGAAAGCGAAGAAUACAUUGAACGCUACGGGUCCAAACCUGUCUGGGCUGACUACAGGCGCAACCACAAGGGAGCAAUUCCUCCUCAGAAGACACGCAAGACUUGCAUUAGGGGAGGCAAGAUCUGUGGAAACCCCUGUCCAAUAUGCAGAGAUCCCAAUAUCUUCAUUCACUAUCAGAAUGUAAAGUUGUUGGAGCAGUUUAUCAGUCCCUACACUUGGAUGGUGUACGACCCUACACGCACAGGUGUGUGCAUGAAGCAGUACAAACUGUUAAUAAAAGCAAUUCAACUUUCCAGGGACCAUGGGCUACUACCCAUCCAGGUGCCCUUUGUGGACUAUUCAGGGCAGGACUACUCCAACUCCCAUGAUGCAGUGGGGCACACCCCACCUCCCCCCUCCUUGACCUCUGGUGACCCCUGGUAUGCAUGGUACCACAGCCUGGAGGCUGAUGAGCGAGAGGUGGCCCGUUUAAAGAAGAUUUACAAGGCUUAUCUUAAGUAGCCAGAAGGAGGGGGAUGUAGUUAAAGCAUACAUGCCUAACCAAUGCCCUUAGCUAUGGCACCCCGCAUAGCUUACUUUUUGUAAACCCGUUACCCAAUGGCAUCUUUUUGCACUAGAGAAAUUCAGGCUAAAUAUUUUUCAUUGAGCUACAGUAGCAGUGUCCCACCUGAGACACAGAAAUGUGUAACUUCCGUUGUACUUUCUACAGUCACCCUGAGAUGAGGUGCUGUGCUUACAAGCCCAGGUCCCUGCAGGCUGGAGCUCCAUCAGAGGCUGCUUUUUCAGGAUAGCCCCCAUCCCAAAAAAACAUGAGAAAGGAGAGCAUGCAGACUGGUUUGUUCUGAGUUAUAUAUGGGUCAAGCUUAAUUUUACCAGGCACAGUACUCUUCCAUUUUCAAAUUAAAUUCUCUGCCAGACAUCGCCACUGAUGUCCACAUUUAGCGUGAGUACUUGUCACUUCUACAUGACAUCACACUGAACAGACCACUCUGCAGGGAAUCUCCAAAAGCUUUUUUUUUUUUUGUACUGCAAGAUAAACCUGAUUAUACCCCCCCACAGCUCCUUCUUUAUGUCUCUGUGUAGAAUGCUGAGGAUGCCAAACUCACAAAGUU